CCAAAAAAAAUGUCACGUGCAUAUUUCAGCCAAUGGAAUUGAGACAGAAACGAACGUUCAUGUCAGUGUAAGGAGCUAAGCUAGUCAUGAGCUAGUUGGCGGAUUCUGUUACAUUUCAUAUUGAAAGUCUACAUUCAGCAACUGAGGAGUCAUUUAAGAGGUCAGCAUCAUGGGUGAACCUCAGCAGGUUAGUGCCCUGCCUCCUCCGCCUAUGCAGUACAUCAAAGAGUACACAGAUGAAAACAUCCGCAAAGGUCUGGCUCCUAAGCCACCUCCGCCCAUCAGAGACAGCUACAUGAUGUUUGGCAACCAGUUCCAAUGUGAUGACCUCAUCAUCCGGCCUCUGGAGAGCCAAGGCAUUGAGAGGCUCCAUCCUAUGCAGUUUGACCACAAACGAGAGCUGAAGAAGCUCAACAUGUCCAUUCUCGUGAACUUUCUGGACCUGCUGGACAUCCUUAUCAAGAGCCCUGGCAGCAUAAAGCGUGAAGAGAAGCUGGAGGACAUAAAGCUUCUGUUUGUUCAUUUGCACCAUCUGAUAAAUGAAUACAGGCCACACCAAGCCAGGGAGACAUUGAGGGUGAUGAUGGAGGUUCAGAAGAGACAGAGGCUAGAGACAGCUGAGAGGUUCCAGAAACAUCUGGAGAGGGUGGUGGAGAUGAUCCAGGGGUGCCUUGCCUCCUUACCUGAUGACUUGCCACAGAUAGAAGGUCCGGAUGGUGCUUGUGAUGGGACAAGGAGUGUGUCUGCAGCAGCUAGUGUUGGUUGUUCCUCUGGGCAGGCCCCCAGGCUGAAAACUGAACCAAUGGAUGUAGAGGAAGCAGGUGCCAGCUGUAUGGCAGCAGGUUGCCAGGACAAGAGCGCCCCUACCUCAAAGAGGGACAAAAUAUGGGACAAGGAUGCUGCCAUGUGCAGUAUUAUUGAUGAAAUAGCUUAAUUUUCCUGUUGAGUAGUUGUGAUUCUUUUUUGUACACAUAAACUGUGUUUGUUUUUUGUAUGCUGUAUUUAGAGUAAGUAUGAAGAAGUUUGCUGUGUUUUCACUGGGCCUGAAAUCCUGUCUGGAGUUGAAUGGUGUUUUAUUUAAAGGCUAUCGUGUAGAUAUUAUUAACAGUUUCUGUGAAGAUAUUUGAAGAAUGUAAAUAUUACACAGAUCAACUGGGAUGCCAACUUUCAGUUUUUGUUAUAAACCCAAUAAAGACAUUUCCGAUUGCA